UAAAGAUUGCUGCACACUGGUGUAACAACCAUCUCGCACAGAGGCGCUCUCUCAGUAGUCUGCACGCGCACAGUUCUAUGUGUGAGUUGCUGAACCCGCGAGCUGCAGCAGUCAUGUCGGGCAGGUCGGUGCGCGCGGAGACCCGAAGCAGGGCCAAAGAUGACAUCAAGCGGGUUAUGGCCGCAAUCGAGAAAGUACGAAAAUGGGAGAAGAAGUGGGUGACCGUGGGCGACACUUCUUUGCGCAUUUUCAAGUGGGUACCGGUGGCAGAGUCAAAGUCUGAAGAUAAAAGUAAAAGUAAGAAGAGCGGCGGCCAUGAGGGUCAGUACGGCUCUGAGCUCACCACCCCCGAGAACAGCUCCUCACCCGGCAUGAUGGACAUCAACGAUGAGAACAGCAACCACAGCUCGCUCCCCGACUCGUCUCCCCCUGUGAAACAGGAGGCCGGCGGUCAGGGCAGCCCACGCCCUGAGGCCUGUGGCGCCACCCAGAGGGAGGGAGGUGGCAGUGCAGGCCCUAAAGAGGAGCCCAGUGGGGGCCCUCCGGCCCCGACAGACGCAGCAGACCCUGAGGGCCCACAGGAGCCAACGCAGACACAAGAGGCGGACAAGGAACCCCAAGCACCCAGUACUGACACAGGGAAGGUCGUCAGUGCAUCGGAGGCGUGUGUGUCAGUGAUCACGGCGACCAAACGGAGCCCCCAGACCAGCAGGGGGCAGGAUGCGGCAUCAGAAGCCCCACGAGACACUCGGGAAUCAGAAGAGGCCCCUCCAGCCAAGAAGAGUAAACAGGAGGCACCUGAGAAGGAGACGAAGGAGGUGAAGGAAGAGCACUAGGAAGGAAGCGAACGGGACGAGACGAGACGAUAUGUGACGACACGAGGCUCAGUGGCUAUCAACAGUAGAUGUAACGCCCUCAGUAGUGUGUGUGCAACCUGGCUUAGGCUACCUCCUGCAUAACUACAAAGUACACCCCCUUCUCCUCCUCCUUCUCCUCCACUUCUCUCCCAUCUCCUCCUCCUUUCCUCUCCUCUCUCCUCUUUUCCAACCUGGCUUAGGCUACCUCCUGCAUAACUACACCUCCUCCUCCUCCUCCUCUUAUCUCCUAUCCCUCCUCC